AUGUCGUUGACACUCAAGCUCUCCUCCCUUGCGAUUCGCACUCUGUCCAAGCCCAUUGCCAACCAAAUUAAGGCACAGGCUCGCGAACAUGAGCGCUUCCGCAACAUUUGUGUCUCAAUGGCACAGGCCCUCCACCGAUUCGACAUGCGCCUCCGUCUAGGAUCCAUUCGCGAUAACACCGCAACCCGCAAACAAGCCGAGGCUGCGGCCGAAGCUAAGAAGCACAUCCCCACCUCGCCAACGGUCAAAACAGAGGCUGCGACAAAGGCGGAGGACGAAGCUGUGUUGAAAGCCAAAGCAGCAGCGGAAGAAGCGGCUAAACCUCACCAUUACCGGAUUCGACCUCUGUCCGAAUCGAAAGCUAUCGAGUCUGGCGCAAACUUCAUCAGCGAAUCCUUCCUCUUUAUGGUCGCAGGCGGGUUGAUCUUAUUCGAGUCAUGGCGCUCUCGUCGCAAGGAGGGUACACGCAGAGAGGGUGUUGAGGAUCGACUGGCUGAGCUUGAACAAACCAACAAGACUUCGCGGGAAGCCUUGAUAGCCCUGGAGAAGGAACUGCUGGCUCUCAAAGCCAAGCAUGGAGAGCUGCCUAAGGGGACACACCGCAUCCUGCCCCGAGAAGUGUGGGAAGUUGUUCCUGAGGUCGAGGAGCCUGAAGUUGAAGAGACUUGGUGGACAAGUAUCACAUCCUACAUUCCGAGCUUCGGCCAAUGGUCUCAAAAUUCGACUUUGUCUCCUGCAGAGCCAGCGCCCGAGACAAAAGAAACCAAGCCCGCAGCCGACAAACCCACCGUGCCAGUGCAAACAGUGAAACCGAAUGGAAAAUCCUAG